UCUUUUGUAAAGUUGUUAUAUUUUCUUUGCUGACAGAAAAGGAAUUCCAAACGCACAUAGAGCUGCAGAGAGAGAAUUUCAAUGUGGAUAAUCUGAAAUCGUUCAAAACCCUAAAAUUGAAAAAGGUUUUCGAUUUGUUCUUGUAUUUGCUCCUUCUCAAUGGGGUUGUGGGAAGCUUUUCUCAAUUGGCUACGAAGCCUCUUUUUCAAGCAAGAAAUGGAGCUAUCUUUGAUAGGCCUUCAAAAUGCUGGGAAAACAUCACUUGUAAAUGUUAUUGCAACUGGUGGAUAUAGUGAAGACAUGAUCCCGACGGUUGGAUUCAAUAUGAGGAAAGUAACAAAAGGGAAUGUCACAAUAAAGUUGUGGGAUCUUGGUGGUCAACCUAGGUUUCGAAGCAUGUGGGAAAGAUAUUGCCGUGCAGUUUCUUCUAUUGUUUAUGUUGUGGAUGCUGCUGAUUAUGAUAACUUGUCGGUCUCGAGAAGAGAACUUCAUGACUUGUUGAGUAAGCCAUCACUAAAUGGCAUUCCCUUGCUAGUACUAGGUAACAAGAUUGACAAAAAGGAAGCUCUGUCUAAGCAGGAUUUGACAGAAGAAAUGGAUCUCAAGUCCAUUACCGAUAGGGAAGUUUGCUGCUUCAUGAUUUCUUGCAAGAACUCCACCAACAUCGAUACAGUCAUCGACUGGCUAGUAAAGCAUUCCAAAUCAAAAAAUUGAGUUUUCUUGUUCGUACCAGAUGACAUACUUCCAUUUCUGAGAGUGGAUUUCCUUCAAUCCGUUUUCGAAGUGACUUUCGCUGUUUGCCUAUUAGGGUUUGUUGAUAUAUGACCAUGGUCUUCUGUUAUGUGCUUGGUGCAAACUACCUUGUGUGUUGCUUUGGGGUAUAGGCAUAUGGGUCAUUGUCUCAAUGUUGGAAGCUGGAACGCUAUUAUUUGAGUUUUAUUGUAUAGAAUUUGACUCUGUGAAUUGUAAUGUACAGUCGUUGCAUAUGAUUAUUUUGGUUAACGAAUUUGAGUCUAUGAGUUAUGUAAUCUGCAGUGUUUGGUUA